CUCCCAAAGUAUCUGAACCUCCCAAUGAAGUGUUGGAUGUUACUGAUGGUGAAAUAAUUGUGGAUGUUGAUGACACCACCAAUGUUGGUUGGACGCAGGUAAUGAUUGAGGCUUUUGAACUCUAUGAUCCAAAACCGCAAGUCUUGCCUACUGUUAAUCUGGCAUCUUCUUUACCACCUCAAGCCCAGUCAGAUACUCCCUUAAACAUCCAGGUUUCCCCUUCUAAGACUACUGCAAAUAUUUGCUUUGAUGCUAUACAAGAACUGUCACGCCCCGGACCGCGUCCGAGCCACGUAGACAACCGCCGUACAACCCGAUAAGAACAACGACAGUUCAUCCCCAUUGAGUUGUACAAGGCGUCCGAUUGAUUCUAUUGCCAAACCGAUUAGUAAACACAUACAAUCAA